UCAGCUGAUAUUAUUAAUGGAGUUUUUACACACCAAAACAAAUUCUUCUGCACCAAGGACACAGAGGAGAAAUGGUCAUCCAUUCUUCCCUGUGCUAGGACCUUCUCAUCCAAGAAGCUCAUGGAAGUUUCCAGAUCUCUCUGUUUUGUCCUGCUUUGUUGGGUUUCGUUCUUCUGCCUUGAUGCACAACAAAUCACAAGCAUAAGUUGUGACAAUACACCCAAAGAACUACAGCUGUCACCACUGCCUGACGAAUAUACAGGGGACAUUGAAUGGAUUAAAAGUAUUCCACCAAAUGUGAUUUUGACAUUAGGAGGAAACAUAUUCCCAGAACACUAACAGUAUGUGGAGCUGUUAUUCACUCCUGGAUCUAAUAAUGCAACCGUGAGGACUACUAAGCCACUGGACGCUGACACCCUUGAGAACAGCUACCUUUUUUAUGAUAUUUUUUGCCAAAGGACUGGGAUAAAUGAAAAACUGAAGAAUGCACGUAAAUUAUUCUUAAAUGAUAUAAAUGACAAUUCUCCAGUAUUUCUGCAAACCCACUACAGCGUUUCAAUAUCAGAGGCAACUGAAGUAAAUCUGACAGUAAUAAAAGUGGAAGCUCAGGAUAAAGAUCUGACACCUGAUUUCAGCAUCAUUAGUUACAGUCUUUUGGGUCCAAACUCUGAUUACUUUCACAUAAAGGAAGGGGAUGGGAACAUCACGCUGAAAAAAGUUUUGGAAUACAAGAAGAUCAACAGUUUCAAUCUAACGGUACAAGCUAAGGAAAAACUUGGAGUCAACAACGGCACAGCAUCAUUGCUAAUUCAUGUAUGGGAUUAUGAUACAAUGAACUCCUAUUUCAAUCAAUCAAUGUACAAAGCAACAAUCCUAGAAAACAAGACUGGCACUCUGCCUACUCUCCCAGAGAAGAUUGUUGCUAAAGAUGGAGACAUAGGUAUAAAUGAAAAAGUAUCGUACAGCAUCCAACAUGUGGACCCUCCAGGUUACCACAGCACUUUCUCAAUUGAGGCUGACAGUGGAGUGCUGGAAUUAAAGACCCCAAUUGACAGAGAGAAUUGCUCCUUCCUUACUGUUGAGAUUAAGGCUACUCAGCAGGACAAUGAUCUUAAAACAGCUAACACGAUAGUGUUGGUUACUAUCCAAGAUCUGAAUGACAAUCCUCCAGAAUUUCCACAAUCAAGUUAUAUGGUCUCGGUUCCAGAAAACUCCCCAGAUGGGACAAUGGUGCUUCAAGUAACCGCCACUGACAAAGAUGAGGAUGGCUUCCGUGGAACAUUCAGUCUCAUUCCGGAUGACAGUCCCUUCCAAAUAAGUGACACUGGGAUCCUGACUGUGAGGAACUCCAGUGCCUUAGACAGGGAGAGAACAGCAACUAUCCUCCUUCAGGUUAAAGCUAGAGAUCAUUUGUUACCCUACUUUGAGGCCCACUCUACAGUCACCAUAUCACUGCUGGAUGAAAAUGACAACACUCCAGCCUUUGAAGGCACACCAUACAAACAGCAGAUUUUCUCCAACAUGACUGCAGGAAUGCCCAUUCUUCAGGUUGUGGCUCAUGAUCCAGAUGAUGGCAGAAAUGGAGAGACAUGGUUUCUCUUAGUGAGCGGCAAUGAAGAAGGACACUUUGAACUGAAUGAAACCUCUGGGCAAAUCAGUUUGAAAACACUGAUCCCAUUACUAGUCAACCAACUGAAGAACUUCACCUUGUGGAUAACCGCUACAGAUGGUGGAAUGGUGCCAAGAAGUUCAUCAGUUCCAGUACAGGUCUUUGCAGUUGGAGAUUCUAGACCUCGGUUUAUUCACAAAACAUAUGAUGGGACGUUGGAGGAAGAAUUAAACAGCCCUGUCCCAGUAACAAGAGUAGUAUUUGUGUCUGUGGAUCCCCACAUUCCAGUUGCAUUGCAAGUUUUGACGGAAUCAGAUAUUUUUGAUGUUGACAUCAAUGGAACCAUCUGGACAAAAACCAAACUGGACUAUGAAUCCCAGAAAUCUCAUGAGAUAAACGUUUCUUUGACUGACGGAAAAACAAUUGACUAUGCUGCAGUGUUUAUCAAAGUUACAGACAUCAAUGAUAACAGUCCUGUGUUCAGUGCAAUCAAUGCUACCAUUAAUGUGCUAGAGAGCAUGCAAGUUGGAGCCACUGUUCUCAAUGUGUCAGCUGCUGAUGCAGAUGAUGGCUUUAAUGGGUUAGUGUCUUAUACUCUAAAAGGUGGAGAGGGAAAGAUGGAUAUUGACUCUGUGACAGGAUUAAUUGUGCUGAGAAGGGAACUGGACAGAGAAACACAAGCAUUUUAUAACUUAACAGUUAUUGCCAGUGACCAAGGUCAACCGGCUCUCUCUGCAGUUGUGAACUUUACUAUCUUUGUUGAUGAUGUGAAUGACAACCCUCCAACUUUUCCCUUGAGCGGAUACGAAGUGAGGGUCUCUGAGGAUGAAAUGAUUGGGAAGGUGCUAGUGACAGUGUCUGCUACGGAUUUGGAUUCUGGGGCCAAUGCUCAGGUGAAGUACAGAAUAAUUAGUCAGCUUCCUCUGACUUCCAUGCCGAUGGUCCUUGUCAAUUCAACCACAGGCCAGCUCACCCUGAGCCAGCAGCUGGAUUAUGAAACUGUCAAACUGUUUGAAGUAAGAGUGGAGGUAUCAGAUGAAGGGAUCCCAAGCCUCAACACCAGUAUGCUUGUUGUUAUCCAGGUACUGGAUGUCAAUGAUAACCCUCCUGAAUUUAGUCAGGCAGUGUACAGUAUAUUUGUUCUUGAAAACAUACAGAAGGACAGCCUCAUCUACGCACUCAAUGUUACUGACAAGGAUCAGGUCGGCUUCUCUCAGGGGUAUUUUAUUCUUAACAAUACUAUGUUUGCUGUCAAUAAACAUGGGAUACUUUCAAUAAGGAAUGACACAGAACUCGACAGAGACUCUACACCCAGGUUAACUUUGCAAGUAUGGACAGUUGAUGCUGAAACGGAAGGGCUCAAUUCUAGUGCUCUGUUAGAUAUCACAGUUCUGGAUGUCAAUGACAAUAACCCUGAGUUUCAGAUGCAGCCCUUCAGUUUUACAACCCUGGAAGGAGACUAUACACAGGAUGCACCUACCGUAGUUGGACAUGUAGCUGCCACAGAUUUGGAUGAGGGAGAAAAUGCCCACAUCACAUUUCACCUAUUCGCAGAAGAUGGGGUGAAUCCAUUUAGCAUCCAACAAAAUGGAACUAUUUUGGCUAAUGGGUUUAUGGACAGAGAAAUCAAAGAGAAAUAUGAGCUUUUGUUAGUGGCAUCUGAUAAUGGAGUACGUCAGAGACAGAAUUUCACAUAUGUCACCAUAAGUGUAUUAGAUGUAAAUGAUAAUCCUCCACAGUUUACAAAGACACAGUAUUCUGCAAAUAUACGUAUAGCAACUGAAAAAGAGGGAGUUUCUGUUCUGUCAGUAUCUGCUACUGAUCGUGACCUUGCGAACAAUUCUCUUAUUUCAUACAGCUUCAUGAACCAUUCUGAUGAUUUCUGGAUAAAUAAUCUUACUGGAGAGAUCACUCUCACCAGUGAUCUAGCCCAUAUCACAGCUGACACAGUCAUUACAUUGACAGUCAUUGCUACUGACCAUGGGGUUCCUCAGCUAACAUCAAAUGCUCCUGUUAUUCUCUAUUUGCUGGUAAAUGACACUGACUUUGGACUGACUUUUGAAAGCUCCAGCUAUGAGUUCAGUGUUUUGGACCAGGAACCAGUCACAACUGCUGUUGGCUCUGUGAAGGCCCUGACUGGAAGCAUAGCCAUUAGAGUCAUAUACUCUCUCAAGUCACAUACUGACAAGUUUUCUGUUAAUGACCAAGGAAACAUUAUGACCCUUGUCAGUUUAGAUCGAGAAGAGCAGGAUCUUUACAGCAUCAUUGUAGAAGCCAUUGAUUCUGCGAUGCCACCCAAUUCAGCUGUGACUUCGGUACAGCUGAGGCCUGGGAUGUGGGUUCCAAAUGAGAGCAACAUUGAUAUGGUUUGGCAAUACAUCUUUACAAUCAUUGUGAAUGACACCAAUGACAAUUCUCCUGUUUUCUCAACACUGAUUCAAACCAAACGAUCAGCUCCUGAGAAUGAAGACACUAUAGAUUUUGGCAUAUUUUCUGCUGUAGACCAAGAUGUAGGAGUGAACGCCCUUAUAAGCUACUCUUUGGAGAAUCACUUUGAGGGAACUUUCCAUAUUAACAGUUCCACUGGCAGGCUGACUUCAAAAAGAGCCUUGGACAGGGAAAUGGUGGACAGUUAUGAAUCGAAAAUAAUAGCCACUGAUUCUGGAUUUCCCAAACAAUCUGCAAGUUUAGUUCUCAGCAUCACUGUGGAAGAUGUGAAUGACAACCCUCCAGUGUUCCUACAGAAAUCAUUUAAUGUGACUGUGAAAGAGAAUGAGCCUCCAAGUGUGAUUUUGAAUGUGACAGCCACAGAUAAAGACACAGGUUACAAUGCUAUUAUUCAUUAUGGUCUAACUGAAGCAACUUCAUUUUAUCUCGGAGAACUUUCUGGACAUAUUACAACCCUGCAGCCUCUGGAUUAUGAAAAUUGUGCCCAACACACAAUUGUACUGAAAGCUUUCAAUCCUGGAGAUCCACAUUUCCAGGAUACAGCAAAUGUUACAGUUAACGUGGAAGAUGUAAAUGAAGAAGGACCCAGAUUUGACAGGCCUUCAUACUACAAGAUUCUUCAAGACAGUUCAACUGCUGGCAUGAUGGUAAUAGAUAUCAAUGCAACAGAUGAAAGCAAAGGUUUUGAUGAAGGCAUUUACUACAAUCUAACAGGUGGGAAUUUUGAAGGCCUUUUUAAGAUUUCAAGUAUCAUGGGACAGAUCACUUUGACAAGAGACAUAGUGAAACAAACUACCACUGUGCAGUAUUCUUUGAUGGUCACUGCAACAGACUCAGGUCUUCCACCUCUUUCAACCUCUGUCAAGGUGUCAGUGAUGAUUGCGCCCAUCAACACUUCAUUCCCAGUGUUCUCUGCAGUUGUCUACCAGCCUGAUGCUCUGAGUGAGAAAGCAUUAGCAGGGACAUUCGUAGUACAGAUCAGCGUGCUGUAUAAGAGUCCUGUAAUAUACACCAUUAUAUCAGGCAAUGAAAAGGGUUACUUUAGUAUUGAUCAGUUUAGUGGCAUAAUAAGAACAACAAAGAACCUGACAGUAGAAGAGUUUCCAAUCCUCUUUAUCGUGCAAGCAAUAGAUUCGUCUGAACCCAACAUCUACAGUCAAGCUUCUGUGCAAGUGACAGUCAUUGAUGAAAAUGAUUUCCCUCCUGUUUUCCCAUCCUCUUUGCUUGAAGCAACACUACAAGAGAAUUCAACUUCUACCCAAAUCAUUCAGCUGAAGGCUCAAGAUAAUGAUACAGGUAGAAACGGUUUUCUCACAUACGGCAUUCUGAGUGGAGAUAGACAGAAAUUCAGGAUAGAUGAAGCUACUGGGAUUCUUUACUCCACUGUUCCUGUUGAUUAUGAAGAGGGACCUACAAAGUAUCAGGUUGUAAUAUAUGCUGAAGACAGUGGGAUCCCUGAGAAGAAAAGGGGUUAUUACACCAUCAUCAUAAACAUCAUUGACAUUAAUGACUGCCAACCAGUGUUUGACCCAGUCAAUACACUCAGUGUUACGGAAAAUGCACCUGUAGGAUUCAUUGUUGGAAAAGUCACUGCAACAGACAAAGAUGAGGGAGAUAAUGCCUUUGUUCUGUAUAAUCUCAUAGGUGGUGGUGGAAAUAUAUUUGAAAUAGAUGAAGUACAUGGGAACAUUAAGGUAAAGAAUUCCCCAGACUAUGAAACCCUGAACAGAUACAUCCUUACAGUGAACGCAUGCAACAAUAAAUCUGCCCCUUUCUAUCAGGCCAAUACUACUGUCACUGUUGUAGUGGCUGAUAUAAAUGAUAACGCUCCAGAAUUCACUGAGGACUCCUAUUUUGCUGCAAUAAACAUGACUAAUCCUGUAGCAGCUCAUGUCAUUACUGUGAAAGCCACAGACAAAGAUCAGGGGGAAAAUGCUCUUAUUGAAUACUAUAUCCUGUCGGAUGUUAGCUUCAGCCCGUUCUUCCUGACUGAGGAUAUAAAUGAGGGGAAAAUAAUAACAAUUGGAAACCUGUCCAAACCUGGAGAGAUGCCUUUGAGAAUAAUAGCUAAAGACCGAGGUUCUCCUCCAUUAAAUAGCACAGCCUUGAUUAUGCUCAAUGUGCUUGACAAUCGCCCGUUUGUCCCACAGUUUAAUCAGACUGACAUCAGCACAACUGUGAUGGAAGAUACAGGAGCUGCACAUUUAGUUUACACUUUUGCUGUGACAGAAGCCUUAGGGAGACAAAUUGAUUACAAAAUUGUAUCUGGCAAUGAGCGUGCCCAUUUUAUACUGGAUACAAAAAGUGGACAGCUAAAAACUGCAAUUAACUUGAACUAUGAGGAAAUUUCUCAGUAUACAAUUACAGUUGAAGCAAAUGAAAGUCCCUCCUCUGUCACACGGGUCCAGUAUUCAGGUCUGUUUUCUCAAAAUGUGGCAAGACUAACAAUCUUAGUGCAAGAUGUAAAUGAAAAGCCAGCAUUUUUGAAUAGCUCCUACUCUGUUCGGAUCUUGAACUCAGUGCCGUACAAAUUCCCAGUUGUUAAAGUUCAGGCCACAGACCCAGAUUCUGGAGAUAAUGGGUUUCUGCUGUACAGUUUGGUGAAUCAUCAAACCAAUGAAUUUGACAUUGAUGAAAAUACAGGGCAGAUUUAUACAGUGUCAGUGACAGGAAAGAUUGAAUCAUUUCCUUUGCAAGUCAAAGCUGCAGACCAAGGAGGGAAAGGACUUACAACACAAGCAACAGUCGAUGUAACCAUUGAUCCCAGUUCCAAUGAUAACAUUGUGGUACUUGUCCUUAGUCAGAAGAUCAAUAUUGUUGAAAGAAACAUUCCUGAAUUAAAAAGGGUUCUAGAAGAAAAACUCGAAUGGACUGUUUACAUCAUUGAUGUGUUAUCUAAAAUUGUUGACAGAAGAGUAAGAGAAAGCACUGAUGUAACCCAUGUAAAGAUUGUUGCUGUUGAUCAGACAGCCCAAGCAAUACCUGAGGAGCAUGUAAAAAGAAAAUGUAAGGAACAAGAGAUGGCCAUUCAAACUGAACUGGAGAAAAUAUUUGGAACUUCUGUUUCUGUUGCAGUAGAAGAGAUACCUGUUGACUCAAUGCCCUCUGAACUUAUAGCAACCAUAAUUCUAAGUAUUCUGCUGGGCUGCACUCUUAUAGCCUUUGUGACAUACAUAUUUGUUAAUAGAAAAAGAAAUGCUAAACUACAACUCUCAGUCAAGGAACACAAUGAAAUUAACAGAAAUAUAGGAAAUCCUUAUGCAACAGACAGUGAUACAAGUCCACAAAAUGUAAGGAAACAAGAUGACAAUGAUGCCCAAGUGAUGGAGGUUAAAGAUGGGAAAAAUAUCAAUAAAAACAAUGAUGAGAAGGAAAUAUUAGUAGAGAAACAAAAAUGUGAUGACCGUGACAUUCUACUAUUAGAUGGUAAAAAUGAACAUGAAGAAAAUGUAGCACUCAAAGAGACCACUGAGCCUAAUAAUGUAGCUCCUCAACUCACUACAGAAGCUGUUACCAAACAGACUUGCUUCCUAACAGAAACAAAUGAUGGACCAGCUUUUUCCUUAACACCCGAUCCAAGAAUGCGUAAUAAUGGGAAAGGACUGAAAGGAGUAAGGUUUUCAGAAGUGGCAAUUAUUUUGGAGCCAGAGACUGAACAAAAUGACCCUGAUCUUGACAUUUUGGCAGCACUGACAGAGAGGGAGGACGAAGGACCUCAUAUCUCCACCUUGUGAGAAUCACAACCCUUGCUCUUAGAGUCAUUUAAAGUAUUUUGUUGUUCUAAUAAAGACAGGAACAUUGUCCAGAUUUUGAUUCCUAUAUGUAUAUGCUGUAAGAGACUGACUGGGAAGUAAAUAAGUACUACAUUAAGGAGACGUAGCUUCUGAAAAUCAAGGAUGUGCUCAGCAAAAAAGUGUGUAUGAUUAUACUUCAAACUUGUUUUCCUAAGAGCAAUGAUAUUUUAAAAUGUGAUUAGUUUUUUGUGCCCUUUCAGACAUGAUAAGAAAACAUCCUCUGUGAUGACUUUUCAUAAUUUAAGGAAAAACAUUGUCCCCUACUAUCAAAUCAUUUUAUAUCCUUUUGCUGUUACCCAUGUACAACAAAUAAACACUGCCC